GUUGUGACUUUGACUUCUUUGAUUAAAGGAUUGUGUUUGGAGAAUAGGAAUUCGGAGGCUACGAGGUUGUACAAGAAAAUGGCUAUGUUUGGGGUUAUGCCUAACGUGAUUACAUAUGUGACUUUGAUUAACGGGUUGUGUCAGACAGGGAAGGUAAAGGAAGCUAAUGGGUUGAUGGGAUUGAUGAUUCAAAGAGGUUUGCAGCCUAAUGUGGUGACAUUUAAUACAAUGAUAAAUGGGCUUUGCAGGGAGGGGAAGAUGGAGGAAGCUUAAAGGUUGCUAGAAUUGAUGAGUCAAAGAGGUUUGCAGCCUGAUGUGGUGACGUUUAAUACAAUGAUAAGUGGGCUUUGCAGGGAGGGGAAGAUGGAGGAAGCUAAUGGCUUGGUGGAAUUGAUGAGUCAAAGAGGUUUGCACCCUAUUGUGGUGACAUUCACUACAAUGAUAAAGGGGAAUACAGAGGAAGUUAAUGGGUUGUUAGAAUUGAUGGGUCAAAGAGGUUUGCAGCCUAAUGUGGUGACAUUUACUACAAUGAUAAAUGGGCUUUGCAAGGAGGGGAAGAUAGAGAAAGCUAAUAGAUUACUAGAAUUGAUGAGUCAAAUAGGUUUGCAACUUGAUGUGGUGACAUUUACUACAGUGAUAAAUGGGCUUUGCAAGGAGGGGAAGACAGAAGAAGCUAAUGGGUUGUUGGAAUUGAUGAAUCAAAAAGGUUUGCAGCCUAAUUUGGUGACUUUUACUACAAUGAUAAAUGGGCUUUGCAUGAAGGGGAAUAUGGAGGAAGCUAAUAGGUUGUUCAAAUUGAUGAAUCAAAGAGGUUUGCAGCCUGAUUUGGUGACUUUUAAUACAAUGAUAAAUGGCCUUUCCAAGAAGGGGAAGUUGGAGGAAGCUUAUGGGUUGUUGGAAUUGUUGAGUCAGAGAGGUUUGCAACCUGAUGUGGUGACAUUUACUACAAUGAUAAGUGGGCUUCACAAGGACUGGAAGAUGGUGAAAGCUAAUGGGUUAUUGGAAUUGAUGAGUCAAAGAGGUUUGCAGCCUAUAAUCUGA